GUCCGAGGUUCGGAAGUCUGUACAGCUACCACAAUCGAGUCAAGUUUUCACUCGAGCCGAAGUCGGCUGUCAAGGGCAUCACCGCGCACGAUCCUGAGCCGCACCGACACUGGAGAUGCUCACUGUCUGGCGCACAGCGAGAAGACCCACUUCAUGCGUCGCAUCAG